GCCGCGCGGCGGCCGCCCGGCCCAGCCGCUCGAGCGCCCAGCUCUUCGCCGCGCCAGGUCGCCAGCGCCGCCCCGACGGCAGCCCGGACGCCGCGCCCCACGCCUCGCACCCUUCACCUGCGCCUCCCGCGGGGGACACCGGCGACAUCCAGGCAGGGCCAGCGCGGCCGUCGCUCGCAGGCGCCUCGAAGAGCAGGAAAAGCCACAAUGCUGGCCCCGCGCGGAGCCGUGUUCGUCCUGCUGCACCUGGCCCUGCAGCCGUGGCUGGGGGCCGGCGCCCAGGCACCCCCCCAGGUCUUUGACCUUCUCCCAUCCUCAAGCCAGAGGCUGAACCCAAGUGUCCUGCAGCCAAUACUGACAGAUCCCACCCUGAAUGAGGUCUAUGUGGCCUCCACCUUCAAGCUGCACACUAAAAGUUCAGCCACCAUCUUCGGCCUUUACUCUUCAACUGACAACAGCAAGUAUUUUGAGUUUACUGUGAUGGGACGCUUAAACAAAGCCAUCCUCCGUUACCUGAAGAAUGAUGGGAAGAUUCAUUUGGUGGUUUUCAACAACCUGCAGCUGGCUGACAGCAGGAGGCACAGGGUCCUCCUGAGACUGAGCAAUUUGCAGCGAGGGGCUGGCUCUGUAGAGCUCUACGUAGACUGCACCCAAGUGGAUUCUUUUCACAAUCUCCCCAGAGCCUUUUCUGGCCUUGCCCAGAGUCCUGAGUCCAUUGAACUGAGGACUUUCCAGAGGAAGGCACAGGUAGGAACCCACAAACCAUUCUCUGAAGGGGAAAGGCGGGCUGCCAAGGAUCAGGGCCCACAGAGGAGUAGUGAAUUCUCUCACUCCACCUCCCGGGACUUCAUUGGAACAUUCAGUCCUUUCCCUUUUGCCCACCACAGUGAAGCUGCCCCUGGCUCAUCAUCUCAUGUUUACCUCUUGCAGGGGUCUUAUCGCUGUGGGCCUUGUAAACCAGGGUAUACUGGUGACCAGACAAGGGGAUGCAAAACCGAAAGAAACUGCAGAAAUCCAGAACUGAAUCCAUGCAGUGUGAAUGCACAGUGCACGCAAGAGAGGCAGGGGGACGUGACAUGCGUGUGUGGAGUUGGCUGGGCUGGUGAUGGCUACAUCUGUGGAAAGGAUGUGGACAUUGACAGUUACCCUGACGAAGAACUGCCAUGCUCUGCCAGGAACUGUAAGAAGGACAACUGCAAGUAUGUGCCAAAUUCUGGCCAAGAAGAUGCAGACAGAGAUGGCGUUGGAGAUGCUUGUGAUGAGGAUGCUGAUGGAGACGGGAUCCUGAAUGAGCAGGAUAACUGUGUCCUGACGCACAACGUGGACCAACGGAACAGUGACAGAGAUAUCUUUGGGGAUGCCUGUGAUAACUGCCGGAAUGUCCUAAAUAAUGACCAGAAAGACACUGAUGGGGAUGGAAAAGGAGAUGCCUGUGAUGAUGACAUGGAUGGAGAUGGAAUAAAAAACAUUCUGGACAACUGCCCAAAAGUUUCCAAUCGUAACCAACAGGACAAGGAUGGCGAUGGCGUGGGGGAUGCCUGUGACAGUUGUCCUGAUGUCAGCAACCCAAAUCAGUCUGAUGUGGACAACGAUCUGGUUGGGGACUCCUGUGACACCAAUCAGGACAGUGACGGAGAUGGGCACCAGGACAGUACAGACAACUGCCCCACCGUUAUCAACAGUGCCCAGCUGGACACUGAUAAGGAUGGAAUUGGUGACGAGUGUGACGAUGACGAUGACAAUGAUGGUAUCCCGGACCUGGUGCCCCCUGGGCCAGACAACUGCCGUCUGGUUCCCAAUCCGACCCAGGAGGAUAGCAACAGCGACGGCGUGGGAGACAUCUGCGAGACGGACUUUGACCAGGACCAGGUCAUUGAUCGGAUUGACGUCUGCCCAGAGAACGCAGAGGUCACCCUGACCGACUUCAGGGCCUACCAGACAGUGGUCCUGGACCCUGAAGGGGAUGCCCAGAUAGACCCCAACUGGGUAGUGUUGAACCAGGGCAUGGAGAUCGUGCAGACCAUGAACAGCGAUCCUGGCCUGGCAGUGGGAUACACAGCUUUUAAUGGAGUUGACUUUGAAGGGACCUUCCACGUAAAUACCCAGACGGACGAUGACUAUGCCGGCUUUAUCUUUGGUUACCAAGAUAGCUCCAGCUUCUAUGUGGUCAUGUGGAAGCAGACCGAGCAGACGUAUUGGCAAGCCACCCCGUUCCGAGCUGUUGCAGAACCUGGCAUUCAGCUUAAGGCUGUGAAGUCCAAGACUGGCCCAGGAGAGCAUCUCCGCAACUCCUUGUGGCACACGGGAGACACCAGUGACCAGGUCCGGCUGCUGUGGAAGGACUCCAGGAAUGUGGGCUGGAAGGACAAGGUGUCCUACCGCUGGUUCCUACAGCAUAGGCCCCAGGUGGGCUACAUCAGGGUGAGAUUUUAUGAAGGCUCCGAGUUGGUGGCUGACUCUGGGGUCACCAUAGACACCACCAUGCGUGGAGGCCGGCUUGGCGUAUUCUGUUUCUCCCAAGAAAACAUCAUUUGGUCCAAUCUCAAGUAUCGCUGCAAUGACACUAUCCCAGAGGACUUCCAAGAGUUUCAAACCCAGAAUUUUGAUCACCUGGAUAAUUAAACCAAGGAAGCAGUCGGCAACUGUUUUUCUAAAUACCAAAGCUAAAUAUUUUUUAACUUCCUACAACUUUCUUUAUAUACACUGUGUGGCUUCCUUUUUAUCAGCCCAAAUAUAUCAAACUUUUUAUAUGAAUGUGGCAAUAAAGAAGAAAUAAUUUCUAAA